AUGGACGCGCGAGAUUUUGACGCAAGUCGCGGGAUGGCGGUCGGCGGGGAACACCUGGGGAAGGUCCGACGCAAAGAAAGACCUCGAAGUUUCAGAGACAGAAACUAUCCAGGAGGAACGCACGCGAAACCGCACUCGACACACGCGGCUGCAGAGACACCGGGGAAAGACAGUGGCGGAGAACUCGGCAGAGAGAGCGAGAGGAAAAGAAUAUCCGGGAUGCGCAGGCAGCAGGAAGAAGGAAGACAGGGAGGAAACGCCACGGGCGACAGAGGCGAGCGAGGAAAGGCGAGAGGAGGAGACAGAGGAGAAGGAGCAAGGAGAGACAGAGAGAGCGAUGGAAGGGAGAACGAUGGCGACGGACGCAUUUUAAGUGGGCAGCCAUCCCCAUUGUUUGAAGAGAGGAGGACAGCAAAGAAGGAAGGGAGGAAGAAGGCGAGCCUGAACAAGGACGCGACGGGUGCCGGCAGCAGUGUGUCACUGGGGAUCUACUUUGCAGCCGCAGGCCUGAUGACGGGGACGCAGAACUCGAGGAGAGACAGACGGGCGACUCACGCUGCCACGACUUCUUUUUCGCUCUCUCCUGAACCGCCCGUUCUCUCGUCCGCGGCCUUUCCAUCUUUGCACGUUGCGAAUCAAAAGACAGAUCGAGCGAAGCAAACGCGUCCGUUGCAUGCGCGGCUCCAGAGCGACGCGACACGCGCGGCAGGUCUCUCGCAGGCGCAAGACAAGGAACCUGAACGAGACGCGAGAGCCAACGAAGAGUGCGAGAACGGUGAAGACGGAGAGCGAGGUGUGCGGGGAGGACCGGCGGAGAGAGAGGGAGGCGCUACGCGACCGCGCAGAGGCGCAAGAGGUCCAGGAGGGAGGGCAGACGCUGAGAGAGCAGAACGCAGAGAGCGUCGAACUCCGUCGGGCGCUGCGCCUUCACAAUCCUGUUCUGGAGUGCAUUCGGUGAAACCGAAGAACGACAUGCCCGAUUCCGCCGGCUGGCUCCGGGGCCCGCAGCGGCGAGACCGCGAGACCCUCCGGUGUACGUACACCCCAGAAAACCGCGACGAUACGUUGCGCCGGGACCUGCGACUGCUCCGUCACCAGUUUCACUCUGCGCAGCGCGAGUUCCGAACAGCGAGUGCGAAGGACGACGGGGAUGAGAGUUCGCGUCUGCGGGAGACGGCGGGAGGCGAGGCGGGAGGCGAGGCGGUCGGGGAAGAAGGCGGAGAAAGGUUCGACGGUGAUCCGAGGCGCUCGCUGGAUCCGAGACGCCUGAAGUAUCGAGGGCGGCGAAUUCAGGCGCGUGGCCGACGGUCGGACGUCAAGGCGAAGAUGCUGCUGGAGAGGGAACUGCGGAAAGAAAUGUUCACAGGUCAAGAACAGCUGAAGCUUCUUGAGGCGACGAGCAGAGGAAGAAGAAAUGAAGAGCGAGAGGAUGAUGACGGGAGCAAAGAAGACGAGGAAACGCGGGAGCAAGGAAGGACGUCUGAGGAACUCGGAGUCGAGGACGAAGCUGAGGACGUAGCGUACAAUGCGUGCGAAGGCCGCCAGGCGUUGGAAGCACCAGCGAACUCGGAGAGUGCCACCGAUGAUAUCGCUGACACCCGCAGAGAAGAAAGUAGGACCCCGGAGGAGAACGAAGCCGCCGACGCGAGGCCGAAGGGAGAACAGCCAGACAAGCGCGAGGCAGAGGAGAGAGAAAAGCAAAACCUGCGCAAAGGCGACAGGUUAGCAGAGGAAGCAGACAGAGAUGAGGGAGGUCGGGAAGAAGAGAAAGAAGCGAGACGGGAGGGACAGGAAGGGCAACAAGGAAAGAAAGAUGAAGAAGAUCGACUCCGAGAGCAGCUGAGGCGAAGUGAAGAUGUCCGGCGAUAUGAGCUCUGCAAACACUAUUCAUCUCUGAAGAGGCGAGAGAAAGAACGGUUCCUCGCCUCCGUUUCAUCUCCCUUUCCACUUUCUGCUUCUUCAUCCUCGGCGCCUGGCGGCCUCCAGUGUCUCUCUGCGUCUGCGGAGGCCGCCAAGGAUGCCACGGAGGACGCAGGCGAAGACGAGAAACGCAGAGACGCUCACACGUCUCAUCGGACAGUCUCCACUCCGCAGUUUGUAGCGCACUACGUCGACAUGGUGACGGGCGAAGACGACUGGGAGUCUGCGCUCAGCGACUUCCUCGUCAACCUCCAUCGCCUCCAAGUUCGCUUGUUGACAAAGGCGCCGCAGAAACAAGCAACUCAGCGUCGCUUCGUGCUAGGUCUGAAGGCCGCCCUAGUCGCUCUCAGUGCGAGGAAGAGAGUCCAACGAGAAGCCGCCAAGUCAGAAAAAGAGGAGACAGACGUGGAGAAAAAAGAAAGGGACAGCGAAUCGAGAGAAAGGGAAGAAGAAUCAGAAGACGAAGAAGAAAAUAUGGAGAAGAAGAGAACGCCAAAGCUUAUUGUCCUCGCGGCGAACUGCGAACCGACAGUGUCCGAAGGAGGGCUCUCUGACCUGAUCCAACGCGUGUUGGCCGCGGCGCGGGCGAAAGGCGUUCCCGUCGUCUUCUGCGCCUCUCGGAAUCGAAUGAAAAAAGCUGUGGGCAGUACGAUGAGGCAGAGUUGCGUGACGGUGAAGAACGACGCCGGCGUGGAACGACAGCUGAAGAAUCUGCUUCUGCUCGCGGAGACGAAGAGAAGAAAAUGGAGAGAACUGCAUGCGCCCGCAAAUGGGGAGGCAGACGCACCGAGUCCCCGGACAGAGGAGAAUGAGACUGUGAAGAGGACGAAUAAAAGAGAAUGCGAAGUGAAGUCGAAGUCCGGGGAAGGUGGAAAAGAAAGUUCACCUCUAGUGGAUGCUGUGUCAAGGCGAAUGCGCCAGACUCGUCUCCGCGCUUGGUGCCGAAAACGCGGCGGUCACUCACCAGCUGUACGUACACCGCAGGUCGCUCUCCUGCGUAGGAGUCGGGUUCUGUGGAUCUGUGUUUCCACGAGGCAAGAGGAAGUCUCGUUCUUGUUCGAGGAGAGGCACUCUAUCUUCUCUCGUAUGGGCGGGACGUUGAAAUCUCGCAUCCAUGGGAACGCUGGAGGCGUCUAUACACCUGAGCCGGGUCGCGGGAGAGGCGCUGAAGGCGCGAGUCUCAAACGUCUGUCUGUGUUGGAGUCGAAAGUCAAACGAAGCAGCAUACUGGAAUGAGUCUUGCAAACAACUUCAAGUGUGAAUGAUUUUCUUUCACAAACGAUAACAACUAGUGUCGGCG